GUUACUUCUAUACCCCUAUACUUCUAUAUAGACGCCUUUAGACUUUAUCACAAUAUGUAUCGCGCUCUAAUAGGCGUAUACUUAUUUAUCGCUGUACUACUAAAUAAGGAGCGCGGCCGCCGGGCGAACAUUAUUCCUCUUACCCUAGGUCUAUAUAGCUACAACCUAACGGAGGUAAUCGACGCUAUCGGUACUAUUGUUAGUACCUUGGAU